UUUCUUUUUCAUAGUACAUUUGAGUGAGAUAGUCGGUCGUUCGCUUCUUGUUUUUCCAACUAACCUAAACCGGCGGCGAAUCACGUUUUACGAACCCCUUCAGAAUCUUCUAGAAAUAAAGGUUGGAAUAUUAAUUAUUAGUCCGUUCAAUAAUUCCAAACAUAUUAAAAAUGCUUCGUUUGCCUCGGGCCAUCCGUCAAACAGUCUCACUGCACAAAACUCAUCAAUUUUCAAGAUUUUAUGCCAAAGAUGUGAGGUUCGGUGCUGAUGUAAGAGCUCUCAUGCUGCAAGGUGUAGACGUUCUGGCGGACGCCGUCGCUGUCACAAUGGGCCCAAAAGGUCGAAAUGUUAUUUUAGAACAGUCUUGGGGCUCACCAAAGAUUACGAAAGACGGAGUGACAGUCGCCAAGGGAGUCGAACUGAAGGACAAAUUCCAGAAUAUCGGUGCAAAGUUGGUUCAGAACGUCGCGAACAACACGAACGAGGAAGCGGGCGAUGGUACAACGACGGCUACCGUUCUUGCUCGAGCUAUUGCCAAAGAGGGAUUUGAGAAGAUAUCGAAGGGUGCUAACCCUAUUGAAAUAAGAAGAGGAGUCAUGCUGGCCGUCGACUCUGUUAAAGAUAAGCUGAAGAACAUGUCCAAGCCGGUCACGACGCCCGAGGAGAUCGCUCAAGUCGCCACAAUUUCCGCUAACGGUGACCUAGCGAUUGGUCAGCUGAUAGCCGACGCCAUGAAGAAGGUGGGCAGGGAUGGAGUGAUCACAGUGAAAGACGGCAAAACACUCACCGAUGAGCUGGAGAUUAUUGAAGGUAUGAAGUUUGAUAGAGGUUAUAUUUCACCAUAUUUCAUCAACUCAUCAAAGGGUGCAAAAGUAGAGUUCCAAGAUGCUCUAGUCUUGUUUUCUGAAAAGAAAAUCAGCAAUGUACAGACUAUCAUUCCAGCAUUGGAGUUGGCAAACCAGCAAAGGAAACCAUUGGUUAUUAUAGCAGAAGAUGUGGAUGGCGAGGCAUUAUCUACACUUGUUGUUAACAGAUUGAAAAUAGGACUCCAAGUGGCAGCUGUCAAAGCACCUGGCUUCGGUGACAAUCGCAAGGCCACCCUCAGCGACAUGGCCAUUGCUACCGGUGGUGUAGUAUUUGGCGAUGAUGCUAACCUCAUCAAACUGGAAGAUGUCCAGCCAUCAGAUCUCGGACAGGUUGGUGAGGUUAUCAUCACAAAAGAUGAUACAUUGCUUUUGAAGGGCAAGGGUAAGAAGGGUGAUAUUGAUAGGAGGGCUGAACAAAUUCGCGAUCAAAUACAGGAGACCAAUUCUGAGUAUGAGAAGGAGAAACUGCAGGAGCGUCUUGCUAGGUUGGCCUCUGGUGUGGCUGUUUUGCAUGUUGGUGGUUCAAGUGAGGUUGAGGUUAAUGAGAAGAAGGACCGUGUUAAUGAUGCUCUUAAUGCCACAAGGGCUGCAGUUGAAGAGGGCAUUGUACCCGGAGGUGGUUCUGCUUUACUGAGAUGCAUUCCAGAGCUUGAAAAGCUUAAGACUGCGAACACUGACCAGGCAACUGGAGUUGAAAUUGUGAAGAAAGCCCUCAAGAUGCCGUGCAUGACAAUUGCACGCAACGCUGGUAUCGAUGGAUCGGUUGUUGUUGCUAAAGUAGAAGAUCUGGGACCCGAGUUUGGAUAUGAUGCGCUCAACAAUGAGUAUGUCAACAUGAUUGAGAAGGGUAUUAUUGAUCCAACUAAGGUUGUGAGAACAGCACUCACAGAUGCCAGUGGGGUUGCUUCAUUACUGACAACAGCGGAAGCCGUGAUCUGUGAAAUUCCACAAGAGAAGGAGCCUAACCCCAUGGCUGGCAUGGGAGGCAUGGGCGGAAUGGGUGGUAUGGGUGGAAUGAUGUAAGCCAAUAGACCUGCUUAUAUGUGCAUUUAGUGUAUAAGGGACUCCUGUGUGACAUAUUGUUGGGAAUUGCAAUGAUCUUUAGUACUAUCACAAUUGUGCGAAUGCGUAGUUUUUAUUAUAAAGUCUGAUUGUGUUACAAAUGUAGUAGAAUUAUUUAGUUUUAAUGUUUGCUUGAGUAUGCGAGCAUAUUGUUAUUUUUAAUAAUAAAAUAAUCAUUAAUUAUG